AUGGACGACACAAAGACUCCAUUGUUAGCAGACCAGGAGGACCACUCUUACUCAUCAAUCGGCGGUUCUGCCACCAUUAACCCGGACAGGAAGACUUCAGAAUCGUCUAUAGACAUACACACCUCGGCAUCUCAGGAAGCUGGGAACGUUACAAAAGACGAUGUUAAUGUUAAACUGUAUAAGAGGCGAUGGUAUAUGUUAGUUGUAUUUUCUCUGAUGUCGGGGACUCAGUCUUUUGUAUGGAACACCUGGUCGCCCAUAUCAACUUCCAGUGAAGUAGCGUUUGGAUGGAAUGACGGGGUUAUCUCCCUUAUGGCCAACUGGGGGCCUAUAACUUACUUUAUUGGGAUGCCAAUAUUCGCCUGGAUGCUGGAUAUGAAAGGUUUGAGGAUAUCAUCUCUUCUGAGCAUGUUCUUUAUAGCAGCCGGAUGCGGAAUACGAUGUAUAACCACCACCCCACCAUGGGUCACGUGGACAAUGCACAUUGGUCAGUUUCUGAACGGUCUUGGUGGGCCGGUUGGGACAGGCGGACCCCCCUCCAUGUCGGCCGCGUGGUUUCCGCCCAACGAGAGGACCACAGCCACCGCCUUAUCCACAGUCAUCAAGUUCCUCAUGGUAGCUUGUUCUUUCAUAGUAGGUCCCCAACUGGUACCCGAAGUUCAUACGAAAAACUGCACAGUUGAUAACUUAACCAUGAGUUCGUCCGAUACAUUGUUUGAAGAAUUUCAACUCGGAGAUGGCUGCAUCAACGGCACCAAUGUCACUGUGCCGAGUGUAGCGAAACUGAGAGAAGACAUAAUGUUCCUCAUGUAUAUAGAGUGUGCCUGGUCAGUGGGCUUGUUUCUGUUGAUGUUGCUGUAUUUCCCCAACAAGCCCCCAAAUCCCCCUUGUGUGUCGGCGUCGUUCAAGAGAGAGAGCUUCAAAGAGGGACUGAAAGAUCUGCUAAGGAGGUAUCAGUUCUGGGUGCUCGCCCUGGUGUUCGGCAUGGCCGGAGGGGGUAGCACCGCGUGGUCAGGGGUGCUGAAGGUCAACAUGAAACCCACGGGUAUCAGUCAGGACCAGGCGGGCUGGAUCGGCUUCUACACCUUCUUUGUGAGCUGUGCCGCCAUGAUGAUAGUAGCCAGGCUGGUUGAUGUGUUCUCCCGCUACAUGAAGUGGUUCAUCAGUGGCGUGUACUUCAUCGCGGCAUCAUUCUUCGCCUGGUUUGCCGUCAUAUGCACUGGACUGCUGCCGGCCACCUUACCGACAUUAUACGUGAGCGUGAUAUCAGCGCAGACAGCUCUCCAGACUUCUAUUCCAAUCAUCUUUGAGAUGGGCUGCGAACUCACCUAUCCUAUCGGAGAGGGCACUACCAAUGGUGCCAUGACACUCAUGAACAACGCUGGAGCUCUGGUCUUUUUGUUGGUGCUUAUGAUUCCAAAUAUUGGGACGGUGUGGAUGAACUGGGCAUUGGUUGGAGCCAUUGUAGUUUCAAUACCCAUGUUAUUAAUGAUCCGAGAAACCCACCACAGACUGGAUGUUGAUGAAACUAAAGUCGUCAAAGAUUAA